GAGGUAGUCAACCAUGAAAGACUCUGUUCCUAUCAGCGGUAGCAGCCAGCCACGGCCAUGAGCUACCGACGUUGACUCCAAUUUCAAUAAUAAACGACAACACUGAGAGUACUAUAUAACAACGCUUCUUUCCUUCCGUUGCCGUUACGUAAACCCGUAAAACCCUCAACCACCGUUCGCCUCAUCUCAUUCCACUCAAAACUCUCAGAUCUACCAUUCUUCUCUCCCUCUCUUCCAUGGCUUCCACGGCUGUCGCCACCGCCGGAAACGACGAACCACCACCGCCGCAGCAGCAGCCAACGGAUCCUUCCUCGUCCUCCACUGUUGAUCGGAGCGAUUCCUCCAAUUCCUCGCCCAAUCAUAUCGCAGAUACUGAAAUUCAGUUUCUGUCUCCAGAUGCAUUGAAGAGCGAAGAGUAUCGUCAAUUGUUUCGUCUUCCACCGGAGGAAGUCCUUAUUGAAGAUUUUAAUUGUGCCAUCCAGGAAAACAUACUUAUUCAGGGUCAUUUGUACGUCUUUGUCAACUUUAUUUGUUUCUACUCGAACAUCUUUGGAUUUGAGACCAAGAGAAUAAUCCCAUUCCCCGAAGUCACGGGUAUACGGAGGGCAAAGACAGCUGGGCUCUUUCCCAAUGCCAUUGAAAUUCUUGCUGGAAGCAGGAAGCAGCACUUCUUUGCAUCCUUCCUAUCACGUGAUGAAGCUUUCAAUAUUAUUAACGAUGGAUGGUUGCGGCAGGGCAAUGAUGCUAGUGCAAUUACAGAACAGCAGGAAACAAUAUCUGAGUCCAGCAGCCAAGAGAAUGGAUUUAUAACUGUUGAAACUGUCAAAAGUUCCAAUACACUUGACAACGAGUCACUUUCUACAGACCCGAGCACAGAUACUUCCAGGUGCAAAGACUUGGGGCUUCCAUCCAUUGGAGAGGACCCUGUAUUAGUGACGGUUCCAAAGAAACAAUCCAGUGUUAAACAGGUUGCUGUACCUGAAUUGAACAAUGAUUCCCCAAGCAUGAGUCGGAACUGGAAUGAGGAGGAUAUUGAUGCUCCAACAACCGCAGAAGCUUAUACAUGUGUUGCAGAAUCAACGUUUCCGAUUUACAAAAUGCAGAUAGAGGUUGAAGCCUUCUUUAGGUACUUUUUCUCAGAUGAUGCUGUAAAUUUUCAUGGGUCUUUUCAUAAAAGAUGUGGUGAUAAAGACUUCAAGUGUGCUUCAUGGUAUCCUCAGGAGAAAUUUGGGUAUGCUCGCGAACUGUCAUUUCAACAUCCAAUAAAAAUUUAUCUUGGAGCAAAAUUUGGUUGUUGCCGUGAGGUCCAGAAAUUUCGAGUUUACAGAAACAGUCACCUGGUUGUAGAGACAUCCCAAGAAAUCAGUGAUGUACCUUACGCAGAUUAUUUCCGUGUUGAGGGAUUGUGGAGUGUAAAGAGAAACAUGGACAAACCAAAGGAAUGCUGCAUAUUACGGGUAUAUGUGAAUGUGGCAUUUUCUAAGAAAACUAUGUGGAAAGGCAAAAUAGUACAGUCAACAAUUGAAGAAUGCCGAGAGGCUUAUGCGACUUGGAUCAACAUGGCACAUGAGAUGUUGAAGCAGAAGAACCUUGAAAAACAAGAAAAUGGUCUCAUUGCUGCUGCAGUUCCAAACGGCAAAUUGAAUUUUGAUAGAGAAGCCAAGACUGGCGAAUCUUCAGAAGGGUCACAGGAGCAAAGUAACCCCACAAGUAGACAAGCUCAAUCAAAUGUCGUUGACCCGUCAGUUGUUCCAUCUAUGUUCAAAGAAUUAACGACAAAGUUCAGGUCAUCUUUGAAAAGCCAGAGCAAUCUUUCCCUGCUCCUUGUUACCAUUUUCGCUCUGAUUUUCUUCAUGCAGCAGUUUAGCAUACUUGUGCUAUUGGCCAGACCUCAACACGUACAUGUCAACACUCCUAUAGACUUUAUGAAUAGGAUGGAAAAUGGAGCGUCUAGAAGUGCUUCAGACGUAGCGUGGAUGGAGAAAAGAAUUCACCACCUUAAAGAUGAGAUGUACAUGGUUGAGACUAGACUUGAAAGAAUGCGGAAUGAGCAUGCGCUCUUGAAAAAGCAACUACAAGAUCUAGAACAGAAAUAGCCACCACCAUUGCUAAUUGUGUCUCUAUAGCAUCUGUUUGUAUAUGUGCGAUAUGUAACAUUUUUAUUUUAUUUUUGAAAUAUGACAACAUUUAAUUUUGUAAACCAAUUCCUUCUCUUUUUAUGUAGUAUAUAUUCUACACAAUAAAAGAAUAAUUUACGAUUUAGCA